AGAAGAUCACGAUUGAAUCUGGAGAGAGGCCUGGAAAACUGUUCUUGGCCUUGAUGGCCAACCCAGUGAUGAUUCAACUCACAUGGAACUCAUUUUCUCUUCGGUUCAUCCCGAUUGGACAGGAAAGGAGGCGACUGACCAAUACUGCCAGGCUCCACUAGGAGAGAUCAAAGCAGCCGCUGGAAAACCCACCGAUUUGGCAAAGGUUAUGAGCAGCUGGCAUCCUGAUUCCUUGCCAAUCAGCCUGGAACACACCAUUGCUGCCUGUCCAGAAACCUGGGACAAAAGACUACUGACUGGUACAGGACCUAAGAGAAGUCAACAAAAGAGAAACCAUUCAUCCCAUGGUACCAAAUCCCUACACACUUCUCAGUUCAUUGUCUUCGUCUUACCAAGUGCACACUGUCCUGAACCUUACCAAGUGCACACUGUCCUGAACGUCAAAGAUGCCUUCUUCAGUUUGCCAUUGGCUAAGGUAAGCCAACCAAUUUUUAUUUCUAUAUGGUCAGAUCCAGAAGGGAGAUUUUCAGGACAAUUGACUUGGACACAGUUGUCACAGGGAUUUAAAAGCUCUCCAACUCUAUUUGAUGGAUGUAACUGCUGCCAUCAGUGUAGAGUGUCUUGUCUCAUUCUGGCCAGGGUGUGUCCAUCACACCAGGCCUCGUGGCUUACAGGCUGCAACACCCCAAGACUGCACUUUUACAAUAUGUAG